AUAUACAUAAGGCGAGUUCGGUCAGUCAGGGGCUGGAGCGGGACAAAUUUUAGGGCCAUCUACUUAUAACUAAGGAAGAAGUAAGAUAUGAAAUGAAGAAGAAAAAAUGUCAAUGUCAAGUGAAAAUAAAAAUGUCAACACGUAGAAAGUCAACAAAUUGACACGUACUACAAAUUUGUAGGUUGAUAUCUCAAUUUUUAAACAAAAACUACCGUUCAUAAUAAAAAGGUAAAUUAUAUUAGUUUAAAUACUACCGAAAAAUAAAUCUACAAUUCUUAUUUCACCAGAAUCGCGUUCUAAUUAAAAUGACUGCCGUUGAACAGUCUUGUUAUACUUUAAUUAAUCUACCAACUGAUUCGGAGCCCUACAAUGAAAUGCAGCUCAAAAUGGACCUCGAAAAGGGCGAGGUUAAGGUAAAAAUAAGAGCACUUGAAAGGAUUAUACACAUGAUAUUAGCUGGAGAAAGAUUACCAAACGGAUUCUUAAUGACUAUUAUAAGGAAUGUCCUUCCCCUUCAGGAUCAUUUAGCUAAGAAAUUACUUCUAAUUUUUUGGGAAAUUGUACCAAAAACUUCACCUGAUGGCAAAUUAUUACAAGAAAUGAUUUUAGUGUGUGAUGCCUACAGAAAAGAUCUGCAACACCCAAACGAAUUUCUUCGAGGUUCUACUUUAAGAUUCUUAUGUAAAUUAAAAGAACCAGAACUGCUAGAACCUCUAAUGGCUAGUAUCAGAGCCUGUUUGGAUCACAGGCACAGUUAUGUGCGAAGAAAUGCAGUUUUGGCUAUUUUUACAAUUUAUAGAAAUUUUGAGUUCUUAAUUCCUGAUGCACCCGAACUUAUUUCUACUUAUUUAGAUGGUGAGCAGGAUAUGUCUUGCAAGAGAAAUGCUUUUCUGAUGCUUUUACAUGCUGAUCAAGAUAGAGCACUGUCUUAUUUGGCAAAUUGUCUAGAUCAAGUUACAUCAUUUGGAGACAUUCUGCAAUUGGUCAUUGUUGAAUUAAUCUAUAAAGUUUGCCAUUCAAAUCCCACAGAGAGGUCAAGAUUUAUCCGCUGCAUUUACAAUCUAUUAAAUUCAAGCAGUCCUGCUGUCAGAUAUGAAGCUGCUGGUACACUUGUAACACUUUCAAGUGCUCCCACAGCAGUAAAAGCAGCUGCUAGUUGUUAUAUUGAACUAAUUAUCAAGGAAAGUGAUAAUAAUGUAAAGUUGAUUGUCUUGGACAGAUUGAUUGCCCUUAAGGAACAUCCCAGCCAUGAAAGGGUUUUGCAAGAUUUGGUUAUGGAUAUAUUAAGAGUGUUGCAAGCUCCUGACUUGGAAGUUCGCAAAAAGACUUUAAACCUAGCACUUGAACUGGUAUCAUCUCGUAAUAUAGAAGAAAUGGUUUUGGUUCUUAAAAAGGAGGUAUCAAAAACCGUAGAUAGCGAGCACGAAGAUACAGGAAAAUACAGGCAGUUACUUGUUAGAACACUUCAUUCUUGUUGUAUAAAAUUCCCAGAUGUAGCUGUAACUGUCAUUCCUGUUUUAAUGGAAUUUUUGUCUGAUAGUAACGAGUUAGCUGCUACUGACGUGUUACUAUUUUUGAGAGAGGCCAUACAGAAGUUUGAUAAUCUGCAACCACUUAUUAUUGAGAAACUUCUAGAAACAUUCAAAGAUAUAAAAUCUGUUAAAGUGCAUAGAGCAGCUCUUUGGAUAUUGGGAGAAUAUGCCACUUCUGUCUCAGACAUUGAAGCUGUUAUUAAAGAAAUUAAUCAAACCUUAGGAGAAGCUCCUCUGUUGGAAACUGAACAAAAACUAAUUUCUGGAGAGACAGACGACACAACUACAGUUCCAACAGGUGGAGCUACAACUUUGGUUACUUCAGAUGGUACUUACGCCACUCAGUCUGCCUUUAAUUCAGUCAGUAAAUCUUCAAAAGAAAAACGACCUCCUCUGAGGCAAUAUCUUAUGGAUGGUGAUUUUUUUAUAGGAGCGUCCUUGACUUCUACUCUAACCAAAUUAGCUUUAAGAUAUGGUCAAAUUGCCUCAGCUGCUGAUAGAAAUAGGUUUGAUGCUGAAGUCAUGCUUAUUAUGGCAGGUAUCAUACAUUUAGGCAAAUCAGGUUUACCGACAAAACCAAUAACCAACGAUGACAAAGACCACAUACUUUUUUGCUUGCGUGUCAUCUCAGACCGCACCGACCCAAUAAUACAAAUUUUCUCUACUCUGUGUCGAUCUGCUCUCAAUGACAUGUUGAUAGCGAAGGAAGCGGAAGAAGCCACGACUCAAAAAUCUAAAGAACAAUCCAGACACACUAUCCAAACAGAUGACGCUAUCAGUUUCCUUCAAUUAGAAGCGGACAAGAGCGGCGAACUUGGGGAAAAUGUAUUCGAAAUGUCUUUAUCACAAGCCUUGGUCGGAGGUAGAGGUGGCCAAACAGACUCCCUAAUCAGUUCCAAUAAAUUGAACAAGAUAACACAGUUGACUGGAUUUUCGGAUCCCGUAUAUUCAGAAGCUUACGUCCACGUUAAUCAAUACGAUAUAGUUCUUGAUGUUUUAAUAGUGAAUCAAACGAACGACACUCUUCAAAAUUGCACGCUGGAACUGGCGACGCUGGGCGAUUUGAAACUCGUAGAAAAACCUCAACCUGUCGUACUCGCGCCUAAAGAUUUUUGUAAUAUUAAGGCGAACGUUAAGGUAGCUUCCACAGAAAACGGCAUUAUAUUUGGUAAUAUUGUUUACGACGUCACCGGUGCCGCUUCAGAUAGAAAUGUAGUGGUUUUAAAUGACAUUCAUAUCGAUAUUAUGGAUUAUAUUGUUCCCGCGAGCUGUACAGAUACCGAGUUUAUGAGGAUGUGGGCAGAAUUUGAAUGGGAAAAUAAGGUCACUGUAAAUACACCUCUCACAGACCUCGCCGAUUACCUUGACCAUCUCUUGAAAAGUACAAACAUGAAAUGUCUGACUUCCGAAAAAGCCCUUAGCGGUCAAUGCGGAUUUAUGGCCGCCAAUAUGUAUGCCAAAUCUAUUUUCGGAGAAGACGCGCUUGCAAAUUUGAGCAUAGAAAAGCCUUUCAACAAACCAGAUGCACCAGUCGCAGGGCACAUCAGGAUUAGAGCUAAAAGUCAAGGAAUGGCUUUGAGUUUAGGUGAUAAAAUAAAUAUGACACAAAAAGGAACUCAGAGUAAAGUAGCUGCUGCAUGAAGUGCACGAGUUAGAGAUAUUUUUAAAGUCUUUUAGGUUAGGUAUAUAUAGUUUAUAAUAUUUUUAUCAAUUACCAAGCCUUAGUAUCCUGUAUUUUUAUUUAGUACCAGAUUAUCGGUUAUAUUAAAUUUAAUUAAAACAC